AUGGCGGACUAUGUGGACCAGCAACAAACCACCAACACUGUAGAGGAGCCGUUGGAUCUCAUCAGGCUCAACCUGGAUGAACAAAUUUACGUGAAAAUGAGAAACGACCAAGAGCUUCCAGGCAGAUUGCAUGCUUACGAUCAGCAUUUAAAUACGAUACUGGGAGAUGUGGAAGAAACGGUGACUACCAUAGAAAUUGAUGAAGAAACGAAUGAAGAGAUACAUAAAUCAACCAAACGGAACAUCCCGAUGCUCUUUGUCCGGGUAGACGGUGUCGUCCUGGUCGCCCCUCCGCUGAGAGUCUGCUGAAACAGAGUUGACCCCAGGUAGCAAUAGGAGACUUUGUACAACUGCCUCCUUAA